AUGCAAUCUCUUGUUCUCCGAGCUCAAUCCACCCCAAAUAACGACACCGCUCUCCUCCACAUCCCCCAUCGGUGCCGACGCGAACCAGCCACGUGGUGCUGGCUCACCAUCAUCAUUGUCAUCGUCGUAGGGCUCCGUAGUCAGUCGAGUCCACUUGCCCUCCCCCGUCUGCCAGCCGAUGGUUUGCCACAUAGCAUCCCGGACGCUGGCGGCCGUCAUGCCGAGAGGCGGUACUUGGAACGCCCACACGUCGUCCCACAUGGCACCGGCGCCGGAGUGACCAUCCGGGCUUGGCUCGCGUUCGCCCAUGAUAAGAAGCAAAUACUCACGGCCGGCACCGACGGUCACAGCCUCAAGACCAGCUACACUACGAUGUCCGGGCCAUACCUGAUCAGCAAUGAGUUGUAUCUCAUCUUCUCCAGAAUUGGCACCCUGAACAAUGCUCUGCCAUCCGCCGCGGCCAUGGACGGCAAUCUCGCCCUUGGAAACGCCGUCAUCAAAGGUAUCCAUUUCAAGGUGGAGGAAGUCCAGUUGGCCUCCAAGUUCACCCUUGCCGUCGAAGCCGCCAAAACGAAACAGCCGGCUUUUGCUUACCGCGAUCGCGGCGCCGCCGCGCGCGGGGCCAGGUGCGGAGGGAAGCUGGCUCCAUACUCGGCUUCGGACAUCAAAAGCCCAGAGAUCGUUGGUGCGUUCGCCGCUGGCCAAGCAGCCGCCAUGAACGAAGAAAGUACCAUAUCCUUCGUCCUCCUCAUCAACGGCGUUAGCAGCAAGAUGGCCAACAAUUGGUGCCUGGGGAAUGCCAACUUCAGCGCUGUCGCCUACAGCCCAAGCCUUCCAGCUCUGAGCGCGGCGCGUACGCUUAGGCGCAAAGUCGCGGGGACGGUCGGUGGCGGCGGCGGAGUGGUAGCUUCGCGCGGAAGGCAUGGGCAAAAUUGUCACACCCGGAGCAGGUGGAACAGGGUCAAGGUAGGUCCAGGUAUUGGUGCGCGUGUCGAAGACCCAGACACGGCCGGCCUCUUCAAGAGGUGUCAUAUCGGCUCCUCCGCGACCGCCGAAGACGAAGAUGCGGCUACCAAUAACUGCGCUGGCAUGGCCAACACGAGGAGCAGGAACGUCCCCUGGGACGGGGACAUCAGGAGCAGCCAAACCCUUCCCCUUGUCCUUGACAGUCACCUCUGCGUUUUCCUCUUCAUUCAAGCUUUCUUCGUCGGCUGGGCCAGCUGA